CGCGCGGGUGCGCGUGACGCUCGGGCUGCCGGGCUGCGCGGCCUGGGCGGCGUCCCUCUGCUUGGGGUCCCCAGCCACGACAGUGAGCCGACUGAAGGGGGUUGGGGGACAUUUGCUGGGCUGGGUCCUGUUCCGCCGCGCCGAGGAACAGACGACGCCACAGUUUCUGGUGUUGUCCGCCUGUGGCCGGUGCCGGAUCCCGAACUGCCCUCUCCUCACCCAGGUGCAGGGGCAGCCAGGGAGGAGGAGGCGGGAGGGGCCGAGAGCAGGGGCAAGGCCAAGCCAGGCGGCCUCACGGUGAUCCAUCGGUGCCCCACUGACACAGGCUGAGGCUGGGCGCUCCCGGUGUAGCUGCGUCCAUUCGGGGGCUGUAGAAGCCGACGGUGGCUUCGGUGGCUUCGCUGGACAGAGGAAACCCCGCCUCGGUGGGAACAGCGGGAUGUUCGAAGGGCGCUGGUCACGGAGGUCCCUGGGAGCAGAGGCCAGGGGCAGGGAGCUUGAAAAGCAGAAGGGCCCCACACUCCCAGGGCGCUCUACCCAUCUGGGCCCCUCGGCUGCCACCGGCCCAGAGUGGGGGGCCGUGACGCCAUAAUCCCUUGGGCCCAGGGCUGGAGGCUGUGAGUGGCACCGCCGGCUCCCGCCCCCGGGUCCCGUGGGCUGGGCCGGCCUCGGUGCGGCUGGGUGCACGCAGUCAGAGGCGGCGCCGGCCAGGCCGCCGGGCGCCUAUGGACGCGCGGAGCCCGCUGUCUCCCCGGGCCAGCGCGUUCAGCAUCGCCUCUCUGGUUGCAGCAGAGGCCGUAGAGCGCACAGCUCGCCUGGGGCCCCGGUCCUCCGACCAGGCAAAGCUUCGCCGGCUGCUGGGAUCCCCCGCCGGGAUGCACUUCAGCACCGUCACCAGGGAUAUGGAAGCCACCAGCGCCGCCGCCGAGCCCGAGGGCCCAGGGGCCAGCUGCGCGGCUGCCGCCAAGGCGCCGGUGAAGAAGAACGCGAAGGUGGCCAGCGUGAGCGUGCAGCUGGAGAUGAAGGCGCUGUGGGACGAGUUCAAUCAGCUGGGCACCGAGAUGAUCGUCACCAAGGCCGGCAGGCGCAUGUUCCCCACGUUUCAAGUGAAGCUCUUCGGCAUGGACCCCAUGGCCGACUACAUGCUCCUCAUGGACUUCGUUCCUGUGGACGACAAGCGCUACCGGUAUGCCUUCCACAGCUCCUCCUGGCUAGUGGCCGGGAAGGCGGACCCUGCCACACCAGGCCGUGUACACUACCACCCUGACUCGCCAGCCAAGGGUGCACAGUGGAUGAAGCAAAUUGUGUCCUUCGAUAAGCUCAAGCUGACCAACAACCUGCUGGAUGACAACGGCCAUAUUAUUCUCAACUCCAUGCACAGAUAUCAGCCCCGCUUCCACGUUGUCUAUGUGGACCCACGCAAAGACAGUGAGAAGUACGCUGAGGAGAACUUUAAAACCUUUGUGUUUGAGGAGACUCGCUUCACUGCGGUCACUGCUUACCAGAACCAUCGGAUCACGCAGCUCAAGAUAGCCAGCAACCCUUUCGCCAAAGGCUUUCGAGACUGCGACCCGGAGGACUGGCCCCGGAACCACCGGCCCGGCGCGCUGCCGCUUAUGAGCGCCUUCGCUCGCUCGCGGAACCCCGUGGCCUCCCCCACGCAGCCCAACGGCGCAGAGAAAGUUGGCCCAGAGGUCCCAUUCUGCUCCCAUCACCUGUCUCCAGGUAUCUAGCUGCCAACUCAGGAGCACAAGAACUUGGAUUAGAAGGGACCUCAGAAAUCUGGUCCAGGGACCCUAGACUCUUCAGCCCUUGAAAAACAAUGGAUGUACAAUGGAUGAAACAGGGAAGGGGGACGCUGAGUUUGCGGAUUAUGGAUAGGAAAUGUGUGUGCUGCUGUGGGCUUUGCCCCCGUGGCUGCGGACUUGAGCAGAAUCCAGUCCCCCACCUGUCUGCACAUCAGAUACCCGACAUGUCUAGUCCGCAAGGAGAAGGUCACGUGCUUCAUGAAGAACUUUGUCUACUCCCAUCUGAUGGAGUGGUUACUCCCAAGUUCUAGAUGAGCAGCUGCAAGCUCCGGAUGUCCAGGAGCUCACCUCAGAACCCAAGAGUCCUCGCUCCAGGAGGAAGGUGCCAAGUGCCCACCCUUCAACGAUACAGGUCCCGUGGCUACCAGCAAGGUCUCGGUUUAAUGUUGAAGUGGGGUUCCCUGGGGGUUGGCUGUGUUUCCUUCAUUGUGGCCUUUGUUUGAAAUUUCCAAAAUAGAAAAAAAAUAUCAAUGGUUCGGUAA